AUGGCCACGGCAAUAGUACAAAAUGGCGGACCUUUGCUGACGCGCGAGAAUCACUUGCCGUUGAAAUCAUAUGCGAGCGUCGCAGCAGAAAAUGACGAUAGUGUAUCUUCACACGGCGCGGAGAUAUUUACUGGGGAGGGGGAAGACACAUCCAACGCUAGCCCUCACCGCAAUCUACACACAAGGCCCAAAUCAGUGGAAACAAAUGGGUCAUUGAAAGAUGGAAAAACAGAAAAAGUGGUUGUUGAGAGAUAUGUCGACAAAGAAGGAGAGCACCUCGUAAGCCUAGGGCCUGUCCAAGAGCUAGAGGAGAAGAAGCCCUUUACUGCAAGACGGAGGAAUAGUGAGUUACUCAGUGGACGAAAGGCAGGAGCGCGCUGGGAGCGAAGCCACAUUCGAUUUGCACCUUUAUCUGUCCCCAUAAAGCGGAGGCUUCAAACUCUGCUCGUUCUUGCUCAUACUCUGAGCAUUGCCGGCCUUCUGGCUGCGUUCUUCUUCCUCUGUUCCAUACCCCUUUUCUGGCCUAUCCUACUGCCGUACAUCAUCUUCAUUCUCUUUUCCAAUGCCGGAGAGUCUGGCACCCUAAGGCACCGCUCCAAUUUCCUCCGCUCCCUUCCGAUAUGGUCACUCUUCGCCUCAUAUUACCCAGCGAGGCUUCAUCGAUCGGAGCCACUUCCUCCUACCCGCAAAUACAUCUUCGGAUAUCAUCCUCAUGGUAUCAUUUCACAUGGAGCCUUCGCGGCUUUCGCCACAGAGGCUCUUGGCUUCUCUCAAUUGUUCCCAGGAAUCACAAAUACCCUCCUUACCUUGGACUCGAACUUUCGAGUACCAUUCUAUCGUGACUAUGCGCUUGCUAUGGGUUUGGCUUCAGUUUCAAGAGAGUCCUGCGAAAAUCUACUUUCAAAAGGAGGGCAAAAUGGAGAAGGCAUGGGCCGUGCUAUUACCAUAGUCGUGGGAGGAGCCGCAGAGUCUCUUGAUGCGCAGCCUGGAUUGCUUAAAUUGGUGUUAAGGAAACGGAAGGGCUUCGUUAAGUUGGCUAUACGGACAGGGGCUGACCUGGUCCCUACUUUGGCUUUCGGGGAGAAUGAUCUUUACGAUCAAGUGGAUCCAGAGCAGCACCCUUUCAUACACAAAGGCCAGCUUGUUGUCAAGAAACUUUUCGGGUUCACUGUCCCCCUGUUCCACGCAAGAGGCGUGUUUAAUUACGACUAUGGCAUGAUGCCGUAUCGCAGACCCGUCAAUGUGGUCGUGGGCAAGCCCAUCAAGGUACAGUAUGCGAGCGAACCGAAAGAAGCGUAUGUGAAUGAGAUUCAUGAACGAUAUAUUCAGGAAUUGGAACGCAUCUGGGGAGCUUGGAAGGACGAGUUCGCUUGGGAUCGUAAAAGUGAGCUAGAAAUAGUGGAAUGA